ACUUCAUCCUAUCUGGUCAGGAGCUCUCUCAUCUUCAUCCUCCUCGGUCCCCUCCUCCACCUCUUCGGCAGCAGUCAUGAACUGGUCUGCUCUGCAGUCGCUCAUCAGUGGGGUCAACAAGUACUCCACUGUGUUCGGCCGGGUCUGGCUCUCCAUGGUCUUUGUCUUCCGGGUGAUGGUGUUUGUGGUGGCAGCGCAGCGAGUGUGGGGUGAUGAGAGCAAGGACUUUGUCUGUAACACGGCCCAGCCUGGGUGCGUCAACGUGUGCUACGACCACAUCUUCCCAAUCUCCCACAUCCGCCUGUGGUCCCUGCAGCUCAUCUUCGUCACCUGUCCGUCGCUGUUGGUGGUGGGACACGUCAAGUAUAGGGAGAAGAAGGACCUGCAGUACACGCAGUCGCACAUGGGCGCCCAUCUGUAUGCCCACCCUGGGAAGAAACGUGGAGGGCUGUGGUGGACAUAUCUGGUGAGUCUGAUCUUCAAGGCGGGCUUUGACGCUGGCUUCCUUUACAUCCUGUAUCACGUCUAUGAAGGCUAUGACAUGCCCCGCCUGUCCAAGUGCUCCCUGGACCCCUGCCCCAACACGGUGGACUGCUACAUAUCCCGUCCAACAGAAAAGAAGAUCUUCACCAUCUUCAUGGUGGUCUCCUCCGCCUUCUGCAUUUUAAUGUGUCUCUGUGAAAUGAUUUACCUCAUCUGCAAACGCAUCCAGAAACUCAUUAAGAGGAAGGCCGAGGCAGACAGGAGGAUGUUUACCGAGAGUCAUGAGCUGGCACCGCUGGCAGCACCCAGGUCAGAGUUCAUGUCCAAAACAUCAAUCAGAGUGGAUCCCACAGCGUCCGUCCAAAACCUCAGUAACAAGAAGUCUGAGGAGAAAAAGUCAAGGAAGAAAUAACAGGCGAAACAGCAGUAGCCGUGGUGAAAAAAGUACUCAAGGCACCACUGCAAACCAAAUGCAUUUAUCUGCCACAGAUCUGCUGCUGAACGGCAAAGUUUUUCAUCAAUCCAGGGAUCAGCUUUUUGUAAAUAAUGAUUUUCUGCAGGAACGCACACCUUAUGCAUGAAAAUGAACCCCUCAAAUAGAGAGAUCACGCAGAGGGAGUUUAAGGGUAAAGCAUAUUUUUUUAUUGGUCUGUUUUGUGAGUUAGUGGAAAUGUUUGUGCCUGUGUUUGUGUUUGUGUACAUUGUUCGCCAGGAGUAUGUUUAAGCUUUCAUAAAUAUAACUGUUAGUUGAAAGAUCUAAGCUGAAGUAAAGACAGUGGAGCAAGAGUAAACUAUCUCCCUGCGUAAACGCUGCACCCUAAUGAAUAAAACAAGACAAAGCACAGAGAGCGCUUCGUACAAAGCCAUCAUCAUAAAGUACCUAAGUGGUCAUCAGAUAUAUAAUAUGAAGAAAAUGCUCUCUUUUAUUAAGGAAUUACUUUGGCGUCUGUUGACAUUUUGCAUUGUAAUGUAAUAGCCUACAUCAAAAUAUCUUCAUGAAGUUACACUUAAAGAAACCCAUAGCACUAAAAAAAAAAAUAGUCUACUUUUAAAAGAUUUUAAAUAAUAUGAAGUAAA